AUGGAGACCAUGGAUCCCUUCGCCUACGAGCUUCUCAGUCAACCGCUGCCCCCCGGCUUCGAUCCAGUCUCCGGCUGCAUCGACGGCGGCAGCGGCGGCUACGACGCCAUGGACAUGGAGCAGCUGGACAACUACUUCCGCGCCAUCGGAGUCCUCCCUCCGCUUCCGCCCGCCAAUUCCCACGUCCAGCCGGCGCCCGCAGCUUCGUCCUACGACGAUGACGACGACAUCGACGCCAGCCUCCGGGCCAUGGAGACAGACGCCAGGCACCGGCCCUCGCCGAGCUCCAUCGACCCGGCGGCGCGUGCGGCACUGGUCCCGUGGAUGCACGACUUCGCCCGGCACUUCGGCGUCGGCCAGGACGCGCUCCACCGCGCCGUCAGCUACGCCGACCGUUUCCUCUCGGCGAGAGCCGCCGACGACGACAUCCACCACGUCGACUACCAGCUCCGUCUCCUGGGCGCGGCGGCGGUCUACGCCGCGUCCAAGUACGAGGACAGCGGCACCGCGCCGAGGAGGAUGAACGCGAGGGACAUCGCCGCCAGCUGCGGGUUCGCGGCGAGCCGGGAUGUGCUGGACGCGGAGCGCGCCGUGCUCGCGGCGCUCGGGUACCGGCUCGGCGGCCCCACGGCGCACACGUUCGUGGAGCACUUCACGAGGCGGCACGUCGGCGGGCAGGAGGUGCGGCGGAUGGCGCACGCCAUCGCCGACUCGUCGCUGAUGUUCGACCACCGCUGCUGCUGCUGCCUGAAGCUCCUGCCGUCCGCGGUGGCGGCGGCCGCGAUCCUGCUCGCGAGGAUGUGCCUGGAGCCGGCGCCGCACGACCGCGAGCAGGUGCGGAGGUGGAGCAGGGAGCUCGAGGGGAUGACAGGGUACAAGCCCAUGGACGUGUACGACGGACUGGAAUGCAUGUACGGCAUGUUGCCUGAGGAUCCUGGCUUCGACAUCUCUCCGUUGCUCUUCGCGGAUCCGAGCUAG